AUCAAACCAACAGGCUGAAACCACACAAUCUUUAAUUUUCUCAACCAGCCUAAGUGCAAUUCUUCUUAUUGUUAAUCCCAAACACAACAAAUAUUCUAUCUACACAAAACAGUGAUCAUGUCCAAUUCCAGGAUAUCUUUGUUCACAAAUGUACAAAAACCAAACAUGAUUUUGUACAAUAAAAAUCCUAGUCCAGCAACUAUAUUCUUUUUCUCUGUGCCAGGAAAAGAUGUUACUACUAGAAAUUACUCUCUCAAGGUUUUACCAAAGAAUGUUUCUUCCUAUCCCAUAUCAGACAUAAAAAGGGCAGCCCAGUGCACUAAAUUUCCGCUGUGCGCGGGGUCUGGGGAAGGACCGGACUACAAGGGCCUAUCGUACACAGCCUUACCCUGCAAUUCUGCUAACAAGAAAAACAAAGUUUAUGACAAUGAAGAGGCAAAAUUAGUAGACAAAUGGGAAGAUAUUCAUGGUCGAAACGAUUGGGAAGGGAUGCUUGAUCCUAUCGAUCCUCUAUUACGAGCAGAGCUAAUACGCUAUGGUGAGAUGGCACAAGCAUGUUACGAUGCAUUCGAUUUAGAUCAAGAUUCUAAGUUUUGUGGUAGCUGUAAAAUUGAUCCUGGAUUAUUUUUCCAGAGUUUAGGAUGGUCAACAAAUCAUGGUUAUAAUGUAACCAGCUAUAUUUAUUCCAUGUACCAUAUUAAUGUACCAAGUUUCUUCAAAAUACCUCUUUGGCCUGAUGCAUGGAGUCACAAAGCAAAUUGGAUUGGCUAUAUUGCAGUAUCAAAUGAUGAAUAUUCGACACAAUUAGGGCGUCGUGACAUAACAAUUGCGUGGCGUGGCACAGUAACUGAUCUAGAAAAGAUAGCAGAUUUCAUGGAUUUUCAAAAACCAACUAGAUAUCACAAGAUUCCUAGUCGCGAUCCAACCAUAAAAGUUGAAGCAGGAUUCUUGGAAAUCUACACGAGCAAAGACGACGAAUGCAACUUCUGUAAGGUGUCAGCAAGGGAACAGGUUUUGGAUGAAGUGAAGCGACUGAUAGACAGAUACUCGAAUGAUGAAAUAACCAUAACAAUAACAGGACAUAGCUUGGGAAGUGCUUUAGCUACAAUAAAUGCUUAUGAUAUUGCAGAGAUUGGACUAGAUGUACGCGAAGAUGGUCGCGUUAUACCUAUAUGUGUGUUCUCAUUCUCAGGGCCAAGAGUUGGGAAUAUCAGAUUUAAGCAAAGGCUUGAGGGAUUAGGAGUGAAGGUGUUAAGAAUAGUAAAUAAACAUGACAAAGUUCCAGCAGUUCCUGGGAUUUUUCUAAAUGAGAAUGUUCCUACAUUUGUUCAAAAAGUUGGUGAAUUGUUCUUACCUUGGUGUUAUUUGCAUGUUGGAGAAGAGCUUGUUUUGGAUCACAAAACAUCCCCUUUCUUGAAAGAUAUAGAUAAUCUCACAUACUUCCACAAUUUGGAGGUUCAUCUGCAUUUACUCGACGGGUUUCAUGGGAAAGGAAGAAGGUUUUGGCUUGCGAGUAGUAGGGAUAAAACUUUGGUGAACAAAACAACAGACUUCUUGAAGGAUGAUUUGUUGGUUCCACCAAACUGGUGGGAAACAGAAUAUAGAAAGCUUAUUAAGCAGCACAAAGGACAGUGGAUGAUUGAUCCUCAACAAGUUUGUCUCAAGAAUGAUUCUCCCGAAGAAGAUGUACACCAUCACCGUGGACUGGACUAACAAAUUUAAAAUUCAUAAGAGUGGAUAAAACCCACUCUUCAAAAGUUCUGCUGGUUAUGUCAGUUAAAGUAUUUGUAGCUGGUCUUGUGUUCAUGAUACCUGUCUCUUAUUUCAGUUUCUAUUGGAACUUUUGAGACAAAAAUGAUAAAGAAUCAAAAAGUUUGUAGAAUAAACCAUGAUUUGCUUGAAUUUGAAUAUAGCUUGAAAGAAAUAUUUGAAUCAA